AGCGGGAGGGAGGCGGAGCGGCGCCGGGAGGGCCUCAAGGUGACACUUGCCCCGGGUCCCGGCCCCUCUUCCUUGGUCCGUCCCCACCCACCCCAGCCCUCACUCUCCGUCCCACCCCACAUUCCCCGGUGCCUUUCCCUCCCCAACCCGGCCUCUCCAACCCUAGAGCUCUCUACCGGCUCCCUCUCCACCCCCCGCGGGGGGGUGGGGAGCAGCCAGGGCCCCGCCCCCUCCCGCCCCCUUCCCCCCCACCUCCAGGCCGGCACAGGAUGCCCCCGGCCCCCGGUGGCCCCCAGGGAGGCUCUGAGCUCCGCGCCCCCCACCCUGCGCCAUGUCUCCCCCCGGCUCGGCUGCAGGAGAGAGCGGCAGCGGCGGCGGCUGCGGCGGUAGCGGCCCCGGGCCCCUGGAGGAGGCGGCGGCGGCGGCGGAGGGCACCGCCCGAGAGGAGCAGCGCCCAGUGCAGCCCUCCUUCACCAAGUCCCUCUGUCGUGAGUCGCACUGGAAGUGCCUGUUGCUGUCGCUGCUCAUGUACGGCUGCCUGGGGGCAGUGGCCUGGUGCCAUGUCACUACGGUGACUCGCCUCACCUUCAGCAGCGCCUACCAAGGCAACAGCCUCAUGUACCAUGACAGUCCCUGCUCCAAUGGCUAUGUCUACAUCCCCCUGGCCUUCCUGCUCAUGCUCUAUGCUGUCUACCUCGUGGAAUGCUGGCACUGCCAGGCCCGCCACGAGCUGCAGUACCGUGUGGACGUGGUCAGUGUUCGGGAGCGUGUGGGUCGAAUGCAGCAGGCCACACCGUGCAUCUGGUGGAAGGCAAUCAGCUACCACUAUGUCCGCCGCACCCGACAGGUCACCCGUUACCGAAAUGGGGAUGCCUAUACCACCACACAGGUCUAUCACGAGCGGGUGAACACCCACGUGGCCGAAGCUGAAUUUGACUAUGCGCGCUGCGGCGUCCGCGACGUGUCCAAAGCGCUGGUGGGGCUGGAGGGCGCGCCAGCCACGCGGUUGCGCUUCACCAAGUGUUUCAGCUUCGCGAGCGUGGAGGCAGAGAACGCGUACCUGUGCCAGCGCGCACGCUUCUUUGCCGAAAACGAGGGGCUGGACGACUACAUGGAAGCCCGGGAGGGAAUGCACCUAAAGAACGUGGACUUCCGCGAGUAUAUGGUGGCCUUCCCGGACCCGACGCGACCACCGUGGUACGCCUGCCAAUCAGCCUUCUGGGCAGCCGCCUUGCUCACGCUGUCCUGGCCGCUGCGGGUGCUGAGCGAGUACCGCACGGCGUAUGCCCAUUACCACGUAGAGAAGCUCUUUGGGUUGGAGGGGGGCGGCGGCGGCUCCACCCCGAGCGGCGACGAGUCUCUGCCACCGCUCACCCACCGCCUGCCCCGGGUCAACACGGUGGACAGCACGGAGUUGGAGUGGCACAUCCGUUCCAAUCAGCAGCUGGUGCCCAGCUAUUCGGAGGCAGUGCUGAUGGACCUGGCUGGGCUGGGAGCGCGCUGCGGCGGGGGUCCCGGAGGGGGCUAUGCACCCUCCUGCCGCUACGGUGGCGUGGGCGGCUCGGGGGCGGCGGGGGCGGCCCCAUACCGUCGCAGCUGCGAGCACUGCCAGCGCGCCGUCAGUAGCUCGUCCAUUUUCUCGCGCAGUGCGCUCAGCAUCUGCGCCAGUCCCAGAGGCGCGGGCGGGGCUGGGGGUCCAGGGGGCAGCGGCGGCUGUGGCGGGAGUCGUUUCUCUCUGGGUCGUCUCUACGGCUCUCGAAGAAGCUGCUUGUGGAGGAGCCGGAGCGGAAGCGUCAACGACGCCAGUUGCCCCACGGAACAGACGCGCUUGUCCAGCCAGGCCAGCAUGGGCGGCGACGAAGAUGAUGAGGACGAUGAAGAUGAGGAGGGAGGGCCCCCCCCACCGUACCACGACGCGCUCUACUUUCCCGUGCUCAUAGUCCACCGGCAGGAGGGGUGCUUAGGCCACAGUCACCGGCCAUUGCAUCGCCACGGCUCCUGCGUGGAGACCUCACUGUGACCCCUCCCUCCCCCAUCUGUCGAGAGGGGGUGGGCGGCAGAGGGGGAGGUCUCGCAAGGAUUGAGGGGGCUGGGAGGUCUUCCUGCCCCCACCCUGCUCCACGCCAAACUUUAUCCCUUACCCCCAAUCGGGGGAGCCACGGAUGUCCGAGUGACCACAAGGGGAAAGGGCAUGCUUUGAGGAGAUUGGACAGAUCAGCAUGGACUGAGACCUCGGCUCCCCUCUUAUACAGAAAGAGUAGGGGUGGUGGGUGGGUGAGUGAGUGCGUGCCUGUGUGCUUGUGUGUUUGCUUGGGGGAGGGGGAGACUGGCUCUGGGUUUUCAGAGAGAUUUGGGGGAUUCAGAACUGUCAAGGCCAAAGCGACCCAAACCCUGCCCCUUGUCAAAUCCUGUGUUUCUAAGGGCAUAAAGAGACACAGGUGGCCUCACCUAACCUGGCUUGGGACCUAGCCUUUUACAAGAUCUGACUGUUAUAUGGGGUCCUGUUAUCUCCCUCUUUUCUGUCCACCCCUCCUCUUUCUCCUCGUCAGCCUUCUCCAUGGAAGAGAGAGGCCUUACUUAUAGAGCUAGGGAGAGAAAGAUCUUGGAUAGAGGAAAAAUACUGGGGAAAAGGACUUCCCCUCCUCCCUCACUUUACUACAUUUGGAUAUUGUAUUGGGGCAUGGUGGAAGGGAAGGAUUAGAGAGUUAACCUCUACUCCCCUAAUUAGGUGGGUCCUAUGGAUGAGCUCAGCACUCUGGACAUCCCAACUUCAAUUCCAUGGAAAAUACUGAGAUCCUUUCCUCUCUGCUCCCCAUCCCCCACCCCCAGGCCAGUUUCCUUUCUGCCUCUCCCUCCUUUAAGCCUCCUGUUUAUCCCUCUGGUCCCAGGAGUCUAGGCUUCCAGACUCCUCUUUCACAAAGAUAUCACCUGCCUUUGGAUCUCUUUCUCUUGUUGCUGGGGGAUGAGAUUUCCUUGUAGGAAGAUUGGACAAAUGGAUUCCUUCCCUAAAUUCAUUUGGGUCUUAGUUUCUCCACUUAGGACAGAGGUCAUGUGCCUUUUCUAGAGGGGAGGUUAAGUGGGUGAGAUUGACACACAGGAUUCUGGCCAGGGAGAAUGACAGAAUAAAGUGAUGUGGGGUGAGAGGAAUGAAUGGAGAUAGUGACCAGGAAGAGAGUAGGGAAGAACUUGAACAAAAUUGAGAGGGGGAGAGUGGGCUUCCCUCUGUGCCCCUUUCUCCAUAUUCCCUGAGCUGACAAUUUUGUUCCAAGCCUAAGCUGGAGAAAUGCUGGAUUCUGGUAUUUCCGGGCUCUGAGGGAGGGAUUUCUACCCCAACCCUCAGCAGCACUAGCCCCAUGAGGUGGUCAUUGCUAUGUAUCCUAAGCUCCCUUAAGGAAGGCAGGAACAAGCCCUGCCCCCAAUUCUCUUCUGCUAUCUGUGGCUUAGCAGCCUUUCCUUCUUGCUGCCCCUAAGCUCUAUUCAGUAACCUGGUCCUUUGAUGCAAAAGUGCCCCAAUACUUCCUUCUUGUUCCUGGUUUCAGCCUGCAUGUCUGUGUGCUUCCCUCUUCUCUCAACUGUGUCCUCAGCUCAAGCUCACCUCUGCUGAUUUAGUGCAGAAAGGUAAAAGCAGUCUAGAGAUGAGUUACAGUAGGCCUUUGCCUAGGAUUUCCUUUCCCUUAUUCUCUCCCAUCUCCCUCAGAAGACACCUAAAGGUAACCAAUCCUCCCCCCCACUUCAGGCCCAACAAUGUCAGUGGCCCCUCAUUGUGGCCUUCACCUAUGCAACAUCAACUCUGUCCCCACAUCCCUCCUCAGGGAUUUGGGGAAAGAGAUUCAGGAGGCACUGCUUCUGGACUCUUUUUCAAGGUGUUAAAGGCCUGGAUCUGAUUAGACUGCUGUGGGCCUGUGUGUUUGUGGCUGAGAGGCUGAUGCUGGGGUUGGAGAGGCUAUGGGAAAGUGGUGGUACCAGAAUGUCCACUAGAUUCUUAUGGGAACUCUUCUCCCCAUCUCUCCCCCCGUUGUAUAUCUCACACUCAGUUGGCUGCCUCCCUGAGUCUGUCCCCUCUCCCCCAUUUGGUCUCUAGCCUGGUCUAAGCCAUCUCUUCACCCCCACCUAAUGGGCAUCUAUGAGAUAUAGGUGGUGAGGCAGGGGGACCCCUUCCCUCUUCAGCCACAUCCCAUUCCAUGUUGCUCCUCCUACUGUCAACUUGUAAAAACAUUUUGUUUCUUCAGAAAGAAGGAAAACCUUUUUAGCUCCUUCCCUUCAGAAAGGGCCAGAGAGGUUAUGGUGGGGAUGCAGGAUGCCAAGUGAAGGGGAUCAGGACUUGGACCCCUCAUUCCUUGUCUGUACUCACCACCUCUGGCCUCUGGUCUCUCUCUGUCUCUGUCUCUCUCUGUCUCUCUCUCUGUCUCUCUCUCACAUACACACACACACACACACACACACACACACACACAGCAGAUUUAGAGGCAUCAGUCCUUUGGUUCUUGCUUGGUGAUUGUAAUUGGCAGGAGAAAUUCAAACCAGUGAAAUUAAUCUCCAAAAUUAAACCUUACACUGAAUGUUCUCAUUCCUUUGAUGAGGAAGUCUGCACACACACACAUGCACACCCACACAUUCACACUUGCACAGAGAUGGAAUCAAACUCACAGUGGCACAGGCACACAGAUGGGCAGGGCACCGACAAGCUGCGGGACUCACACAUACACACUCCCCAUUGGUGCUCUGCUAGGUGUCGGCUGGAUGGCAAGGCAGCUCCAGCUAUCUCUUUUCCCCAAAUGCCCUGCCCUGGGGAUUUGCCUGAUACUUUUUGGCUUUUUGUCCAGGAAGGGGGCUCACCCUUUCUCUGGGCUUCCAGGAUUGGGGGACAGGAUAACAAGAUGGGGAGAAUGGUCAUUUCUCUGUUAGAUUCUUUGACAACCACCAGGAGGGGUAGGAAAGGGAGAGCUUGUCUGUUUCCUAGUCUUCCCCACACCCUGGGGUAGGUAGACAGGGUGAAGGCAACCCUGGGAAGAUGGAGAUAGUGGGAUGCAGGCAUUUACUAGCCACAUGCCUUGGGCAACAUCUGGAAAGUUUAGGAUGCUGGGGAUGAGGGCUAGGGGCUGCAAAAGGGGGGUUGGACAGUGUUCUGUCCAUUGGGUGCAUCACACUGUGGCCUUUCUGUUAAGGAUCUCCAAGUGGAAAGAUUGUACAAACCAAACAUGGAAAAAUAAAGUUUUCAGAUGACUCACUGAUUUCCCUCAA